UGGAAAUGUGAUCGAUCUCAGUAGGAUCCAACCAGACUUUGGCUUUUCCGCAAUUGAGAAGAUGAGCAGCUAAUCGUUUCUGCAGUUUCAACGACACCAUCUUUCUGUGUUGGUUUCUCUGUGUGAUGAUCUCAGUCCAUACCAGUUCCCAACGAUUCUCUCGCAUCUUCACUCACUGAGUCGAUUCAAUGGCGGAGGCGAAGAUCUUUGAGCUCAACAAUGGGACUAUGCAAGUGAAAGUUUCAAAUUUGGGUUGCACCAUCACCUCGUUGCUCGUGCCGGACAAAGAUGGGAAAUUGGCCGAUGUUGUUCUUGGAUUUGGCACGAUCGAACCGUAUCAGAAAGGUGCUGCGCCUUACUUCGGUUGCAUUGUGGGUCGUGUGGCGAACAGGAUCAAAGACGGCAAGUUUGCGCUCAAUGGAGUUGAGUACUCGUUACCUAUUAACAAGCCACCGAACAGUCUCCAUGGUGGGCACAAGGGUUAUGAUAAGGUCGUCUGGGAUGUUGCUGAAUACAAGCCGGAGGGGGAUAACCCAUCGAUAACGUUUAAAUAUCAUAGCCAUGAUGGAGAGGAAGGCUAUCCAGGGGAUGUUUCAUUUUCUGCAACUUAUACACUUGCAUCCAAAACCACAUUGAGACUUGACAUGAAAGGUGUGCCGGAAAAUAAGGCAACUCCAAUCAGCUUAGCGCAACACACCUAUUGGAAUUUGGCUGGUCAUGAUUCUGGAAAAGUUUUGGAUCACACUAUUCAAAUAUGGGCGAACCACAUCACACCCGUAGAUCAGAACAUCGUCCCAACUGGAGAGAUCAUGCCUGUUAAAGGCACCCCAUUUGAUUUCACUAGUGAAAACAAGAUUGGGAGUCGUAUUAGCGAGGUUGGCAUUGGCUAUGAUCACAACUACGUGCUGGACUGUGGAGAUGAGAAAUCUGGGCUGAAGCGUGCCGUGAAGUUAAAGGACCCUUCCAGCUCAAGGGCUCUCAAUUUGUGGACCAAUGCGCCUGGAAUGCAAUUCUACACUGCAAACUUCGUGAAUGGAGUCGUUGGCAAAGGUGGGGCUGUGUAUGAUAAGCACGGUGCCUGCUGUCUCGAGACGCAGGGAUUCCCUAAUGCCAUAAACCAGCCAAACUUCCCUUCUGUUGUGGUUCAGCCAGGAGAGGAGUACAAGCACACCAUGCUGUUCGAAUUUUCUGCUGAGUAAGAAAUAAGAAUGGCUUCUUAUCUUGUGAGUAAAUCUCGUACACAUUUCUUCGUUUCAGUCUGUCUGUGUCACUUUGAAUCGUGCUGAGAUUAAAGUUUGCACCAGCAUUUUAAAUUGCAGCCUUUUUCUUACUAGUA